UCCAACUCAAUCAUCGAACACGCUGUGUUAGUCAUACUCGAAGUAGUUUUAGUCAAAAAUAUCGGUAUUUUUCAGGAGAAAAAGGCAGAAUAAAGAUCCUGUCGUUAGCAAAGUUGAAUGAAAAAUUGGAAACUUGUCGUUAUGGAAACGAUUGUUGUUAUAAAAUGGCCGAAGAGAUUUCUAUUUAAAACAUGCCUCAGUUUUUGGAUAGUUCAUUUACGGAAUCUAACGCAAAUGGCGAUGAUAAAGAUGAAAUUGGCGAUUCUCAAUCUAAUGAGAAUGCAACUGAAGCUAUUCAAGAACCUGAAAUGGCUUCAAAUUACGAAAAACCUUACGAUGCCAUGAGAAGCGAACCUUUGCUUACCGACGUGCUUGUUGAACUUUACGACGGUGAGCGGGAUGAACAAAGAUUCUUUCAUGGUUACGGCACCGCAUGCUUUCAAGGUGGGAACAUAUACAAAGGUGAUUUUGAGCGUGGCUUAAUGCAUGGUAAAGGAAAGUUUGUUUGGCAAGACAGGACAAUUUACGAAGGGGAUUUUGUUCACAAUCAAUUGAAUGGUACUGGUGUGUAUAUCUGGCCUGAUGACAGUGUAUAUCAAGGAGAGGUCACCAAUGGAUUACGUCAUGGUCAUGGUAUUUAUAAAUGUACCCUGCCACCAUGUACAUACACUGGUAUGUGGAAGGAAGGCAAACGACAUGGUCAGGGUUUGUUGAAAUAUAACCAACAUGGUACCUCUUAUUAUGAAGGAGAAUGGUCUGAAAAUCAACGACAAGGUAAGGGUACGCGUAAGUAUGCCAGUGGCAAUGUCUACUAUGGCAAUUGGAAAAAUAAUAUACGACAUGGUGAAGGAACAAUGAAGUGGUUCACAAGCAAUGAAGAGUAUUCUGGUCAAUGGUUAAAUGGUGUGCAACAAGGAUUUGGCGAACAUACAUGGUUCCAGAGGCGAAUUAAGGGAUCACAGUAUCCAGUAAGGAAUCGUUAUGUUGGUAAUUUUGUCAACGGUAAACGUCAUGGUCAUGGUAUUUUUCAUUAUGCAAGUGGUGCAAAGUACGAAGGUGACUGGUUGAAUAACAUGAAGCAUGGCACAGGAAUGUUUGUUUUCAAAAAUGGAAUGAUAUUUGAAGGAACAUUCGAAAACGAUCGUAUGCUGGAAUAUCCUGAUAUCAAUCCAUUAAGAAUGACCACACCAGACAUUUCUUUUGCUGGGUUACCUGUUCAGCGGCCUUCAACCCCUGCUUUCUCUGAACUCAGUAUUGAUUGGUCAAAUAAAUUGGAACUUAACAUCAGAGUUUUAUUUGAGAAUCGAAAUAUUAAUGUAGAUGAACGACAAUUGGAAUUACAUGAAGUAAACAACAUAAUGUUACAACACAUCAGUCAGUUAAAAAAGAUUUACAGUUAUUAUAGCGCUUUAGGAAUUGAAAAGUCCUUAGACAAUACAUCAGCCAUGUCUCGAAUGCAGUUCUGUAGAUUCAUCAAAGACAGUCAUAUACAUCACGUUGGAUCAUCUGUUCCAGAAAUUCUUAGACUCGUUGCAAGCGAUGGCAAAGAUGCAUAUUAUCCUUGGGAGUAUAUUCUUAUUCGUGACUUCUUGACUGCUCUGGUCUUUAUUGCUAGUCACUUGUUUGCUGAAAAUGCUGAUCACAACCAUAGACUUUUACCAUGGUGUUUAUCAAAGUUGAUAACAGCGUUUAUUUUGCCACAUUCAUUUUGCAUUGGUGGCGUUGUAUAUUCCAAGCCAAGUGUUACGAUUGAGUUGAAUCAGUAUUUGGAUAAGACUUAUUGCAUAUACCAGUACUGGUCGUCUCAAUUUAAAAGAAGUAAACCCAAUGGAUUAUGUGUUAACAUGAGAACCCUGCUUCUCAUGUUGAAAGAAUACAAUAUUAUUGGCGACGAUUUGAGUGCAAAGGACUUUAUCAAUAUUUGUUCAUAUGAUGAUCCUGGAGUUUUGCAAGAUGAUUUCAUCAAUCUUGACAUAGAAAUGUCAUUCUAUGAAGUUUUCGAGACUUUGGUUCAAUGCGCUGAGUUGCAUGUCACAGAGAUGAUGUUGAAAGAGAAUCCAGUUCGUUCAUCCAAUGAAGUUAUCUUAACCGAGCCUUGUAGUACUGCUAAAAGUCGACUUGCAAGUACAUCAGCUGGUUGCUUUGACUCCCCAGUCAUUGAAAGCCGCCUUUCUUCAACUCAUUCCUUGUUAAAUACGAGAGAGGAAACACUUAAAGCUGAUGGAAAAGAACAGCAUUCGAAUUCUGUAACCAUUGCUUUGGACACUCCUACGAAAGAUGUGGAUAUACCUUUACUCAGUAUUACUGCAUCCUCUUCCGGAGAAUUAAAAAAACCUUCUAUUGAUGAUCAUUUCGAGCAGACGCAGCAGGAUGAAACCACACCUGUUGAAUUGGUGCCACAAGACAUCACCAUUAGUCUGACUGAAGUUCAAGGUGAUGGUGAGGAAGCAAGAGAUGUGGUUAAGGAAGAUGGUUACUCUCAAGAACCAUUUAAUGUAUGGUGCGCGAAAAUGAAUGUCUUUUUUAAGAACGUCUUUUUUCCUGCCGCCCAGAGAUACGAACUCUUGAAUAAGAUUGCAUUGGAAAAGUUGAAGUGAAGCACAUUAAAGAACGUUACUGUUCAUUUGAACUACUUUGAUGAAACAGAAGAAAGACAGAUGUCAUAGAGGAGGAUGAAAGAUUCAAAUUUUUAAUUUAUUACUGAUAGUUAUGCUUUUAAAGUUUUUAAGUCAAGUUCAAGAUGUUUAUUGUAUGAAAUAUUAUUACGUUUGGAUUUCAAAAUAAAGUUUUUAGUUUAUAAAAA